AAAUUUCUCUCAUUUUCCAGGCUGCUCGCAAGGGAGUCCGCUGAAGGCAGAGACUUCGCUCUUUCUCUGUCUUUCCUGACUCUGGCCCGGGGUUCCCGAAGGCUCAACUGCUGCUCCACCGCUGCGGACAGCCCUGUCUCAGGAAGGAACCAUGAAAGAGGGAGCAAGCACCAAGCGCGGUCAUUCCCUGACUGUGACACUUUUACUUCUCCUGAGCUUCCUGCAAACCACUCUGUCCCAUGAUGCAGACUCUCUGAACUGCAACCUCUCUGUCAAGUCUCGUACCACAGAUGGACAAUGCUCAAUGAAUGGAGAGACUCUCCUUAAGUAUAAUAACACAAAUCAAGGCACACUUUUGCGUAAACUGGAGAAGGAGGGAAAAGCCAGUCAAGUGUGCACAAUUUUGCCCGACAGCAUAAAAGAGGUUUUAGAAGAGAUGUGCAAGGAACCAGGAUUAUUCCAGACCACAGGAGAUCACACAAUGAAUGUCACCAUGAGGUCUCAGUACAAAGAAGGAAAACUCAUUUAUGCCUUCUGGACAUUCAGAACCAUUGAUGGAAAGCAAAAGCAUGACUACAACUGUUCUAUAACCAACAAGACUUGCAGGUGUAGUCCUCAUGAUGCAGGCAGUGCUGAGAUACAAUCGGAGCACCUAAAAGAAGCCCUCAGAAAGCUCUCUGUGGGAGAUAUUGGAAACUGCCUCAUGAAAUUGUCCACACCCUUGAGGAAAGAGCCAAGACCAAAAGUAAAUCCUCAGGAUACUACCCAGCUUAGCUCUGCCACCCCGAUUCCACGUACUGUGAAUACCACGCCACCUACAUCUGCCAGCGAGCAUCAACACACCAGCAGGAUUCUGUAUCUAUCACCUUUGAUCAUUCUAUUGAUCAUCCUAGUGGCCUUUGCAGUUGCCUGGAUUGUGAAGAAAAGAGGUGCUCCCUGUUGCUCCUCUAGCUCUGUAGUCUGAUCUACAGUUGUCAUCAGCAGCUGUGUUGGGUGACUCUGAACACUGCCUGUGGCUUCUUCACCAAAGAAGCAAACGUAUUUCUGAUGGUAUCUCUGAAAUCUGUGCUGCUGAGUUCCAGACUGGUGGGAAACCAGGAGACUGAUGGCAUCAGAGCCUCACGCACCAGGGCAUCACAGUGCAAUAGGCUGCUGCCAUCAGGGACUCACUGUUUUGUUCCUUUUUUGUUCUUGUUCUCACUUAAUUGCUUUGUGGACAGCAAGCUGGGCCUGGCUUUAAAUUACCCAUCACUGUCUCAAACAGUGACCUGCCCCGUGUGACUCCAUUUGCCUCCCCUCUCAGUGAAAAGCAGAAAUUGCUUGUCAUGACAACUCACUCUUUACAGACACACGCCCUGCCCAGGACCACCCGUGAUUCAAAGGCUGAGACCUAACUAACUCUAAAGGAAAGGGUGUCACCUGUUCACUUACCAGAACAGGUUGGAAGCAGUGAGCACAUGUGCAUAUGAAAACCACAUCAGAGAUCCAGGACUGAGGAUUUGGCUCACCCUCAGCUGGACCCUGAACAGGCCACCUACCCUGCAAUGGUUAUGGCCCCACAAGCUUGCCAUGUGGUUGUCUGAAGGAGCCUGCAGGCAGAGAACUCCUGGCCAUCUGAAGGCUUCAGCUCCACCCACGUGCUAAUACCUCCCACUUGCAUCACUUUCUGACAGUUCCUCUGCUGCUCCAUGCUAAUGUGGUCCUGCUCCUCACCGCUAAGCUGCACUCAGUCCCGAGGCUGGCACAGCCCUGCAGCCCUGCAGGCCCUAACAGCUCCUCUGCGUUGAGUCUCUCUGUGUCUACUGUCCCUCUGUCUCUGCCUCCAAUCUGGUCUCUUUAAACUCUAAUGGCAACUCCUUCACCCCUUGGAAGCCAUUCUGUAAUCUAAGCGUAUGUGACACAUAUACUUAUAUGUGUAUUAUAAUGUGUGAUCUGACAGUUUAUAGCAGUAAUUAAGACUGGAGUAAAGGAGCCCGUGUGGGCCAGCAGACAAUUAUCAAAGGACUUCUUGACAGUUACAGCCAGUGAAUUGGAUAGAGCUUAUAAAUUAAUACUAGCAUGUGAGCACUAAUUUCAUAGCUCACGUAUUCAGGGUUUCAUUUGUAUUAUAGGAGUUCGGUGAGUACACAGUCCAUUGGCAAUGAAACUGCAAAUACAUAUUUUUUCAGACAAAUGAAACAUCCAGUUAUAAAAAUAUAAUUCAGCAUCCCUACCAAACUAAGACUUGCUCCCCUGACCCAGCGCCUGCCUUGCUCCACAGUGUCAUCCCCCACUGUUCAGGAUGAUGUCUGACCAAGGUGCUAGUCACAGGGAGCUUCCAUCCAGCUUCUCAGGACGAGAGGGUUAGCAAAAUAAAAAAUAAAUCAGAAAAAGUGAGCAAACCUCAGAUCACACAUGUAUAAGUGUUUAUAUAUAGGAUGAUAUCGAAUUAUCCUGUGGUGAAAGAAAACUACAAAGAUGUUAGCUCAGGUGAGAAAGAUAAGUAACAGGUUAAAAAGUCCUAAAAUAGUGCUGCCUGCAGCGAUGACAGUACUCAGAGCACGGAGCUCGGGAACACGGGACACUAGCAGUCCAGAGGGUGCUGUCAUGACAGGAACUACAGCGGGCCAUGGCCAGGCAUAGACUUGUGAUAUUCAGCAGACCAAAAUGAUGUAAACAUUUUAGUGAGGAGCACGGACAAAGAGCUAACUCAGUUGGAUAACGCUUUGGUUGGUUGGUAUUGGUCCCCACAAGCAUGAGGACCUGGGUUCCCUCCUCAGAACCCAUGUCCACUGUGGUGGCACAUGCCUGUGUUCCCAGUGUAGGGGACAGAGAGGGAGAAGUUCUGGGUUCCCUCCUCAGAACCCAUGUCCACUGUGGUGGCACAUGCCUGUGUUCCCAGUGUAGGGGACAGAGAGGGAGAAGUUCUGGGUUCCCUCCUCAGAACCCAUGUCCACUGUGGUGGCACAUGCCUGUGUUCCCAGUGUAGGGGACAGAGAGGGAGAAGUUCUGGGUUCCCUCCUCAGAACCCAUGUCCACUGUGGUGGCACAUGCCUGUGUUCUCAGUGUAGGGGACAGAGGGGGAGAAGUUCAUCUCUGUGAAUUUCUCGUCAGCCAGACUAGAUGAACUGGGGAGUUCCAGUACAGACUGGCUAUGAACACAGUCCGCAUGGCAUCUUGGGGAAUGACACCCAAACUUAAUGUCUAGUCUCCGUAUGUAGGAGUAUGCGAACAAGCACACACGUGUGUACAUGCCCGAACAAGGUAGACACUGGGGGCCACACUAAGCACGUGACUCCUCAGGAGACAAUACUCCUGAGAGCGUGUGGAACUUCUUAAUUCUAGGAACAAGAUGCUCCCUGGCCUUGUCUCUGCGCCAUUUGUAUAUCUGCAUUUGAAUAGAGAAGAGGGGAAGAGGGAGCUCUUAGCUGUCUUCUCAGAUAAUAAGUGUCAAAGCACCAUUGCUCAGCACUGGCCUGAGGUGCCCGGGUAGGGUAGGAUUCACCCUCUACUUGUAUGAGGUGUCAUGAGGAACUGGAUCAGACUCCAAGCAUUAGAGUCAGGUCAUUAGCAGAGGACAUUUUGAUUUAAUUUUGAGGGAGGAAGCCUUUGAGUCUGCAUUUCUGCCCUCACAGAUCGGCAGAUCAUUCAUGGUGUAGAUGGAUUCUUUUUGGAGGGCUUUAUUGGUGAGAAUAGAGCACUGAGCGCUCAGCUUGAGGUUGCUUGGCUGGCAUAGGAUCAUAAGACCACAAAACUUAAGAAGGACUUGAACUACGUUUUGGAGAGGAAAAGGGUGAUUGUUGAAUGAGCUUGAAGGCCAGACUGACAUCACUUAGAGGUCAAGAGGGCCUCAGGGCUGACAGUUGUGUCAGUGAGUUGAGAAGCAGUGCACUGGAGUAGAGUUGUGGCAGUUCAGUUCACACAAUUCAGAGAAGCUUUACUGGGAGUGUUUCACAGAGACAGGCUGAAGAGAGAAUAAGCCAGACACAGGCAAACAGCAGGAGGAUCCAGAGAAUGAAAAGUAGCCAGAAGAUUGGAACAGAUUGCUAGAGUUAGUUUGAGGGCAAGCAGGGAAAUUCAGCUAGAAGCUGAGAAGCCAGUUUGAAUAGUUAGCUUAGAAAGGAGUAGGAGAGAGAAGAGCUGAGCUGAACCAGCCAGCUUAGAAAGGAGUAGGAGAGAGAAGAGCUGAGCUGAACCAGCCAGCUUAGAAAGGAGUAGGAGAGAGAAGAGCUGAGCUGAACCAGCCAGCAAGAGUUCAGAAAGAACUAGAAUGGGUGAACUUUAAUAGUAAGGCUCAGAGGCUGAAAACUUUCUAAGCCUCGAUUAGACUGUAGGGAGGGUCAAUCUUAUCUAGCAAGAUAAGAUAUUAUGAAGCUUCCAGCACUAGGCCUAGGUUAGUAGAUGGAGGCAAGAAGCCUCAGACACAACAAUUAUAUCUGGUGAAUAAAAGUCACUUUUACUUUAAGUGUUGGUGUAGAUGCUAGUGACAGAUAGCCCUGCCACAAUACUAUCUCCAUUUUAAUGGCUUAUGACCUAUAAGAUAAAGAUCAUACUGGAAGAUUAAGUGAGACUGGCCAAAAAUACCACAGAGGUAAAACAAGAAAUAGCUGUGAGUAGGAAAAAAGAAUUGUAAGUGACGGUGUGAAACCUUCUUUUGGAGGUCUCAGGACAGGGAGGAAAGAUGAUAAUAGUGACUGAGGAGAAGGAACCCUAGAAAUGUAGAAGUAAGGGAUUUUUUAAAUUAAUUAUAGUUUAUUCACUUUGCAUCCCAGCUGUAGGCCCCUCCCUCAUCCCCUCCUAACCCUAACCUCAUCUCUUCCCAUACCCCUCCCCAAGUCCACUGAUAAGGGAGGUCCUCCACCCCUCCCUCUGACCCUAGCCUGUCAGGUGUCAUAAGGGGUUUUUAACUUGACCUCAGAUUCUGGUUACUCAUUAGAGUCUGGAGGUGUUUGCUAGUAUGUUGUAACAAACUUUCACUAAAAGAAUGAACAAAAAUCUCCAAGAGGCUCCUAGAAACCAGCUGUUUAAGCCUUUGUAGGUUAAGCGCUCUUACUUUUUCUAAGGUGAACCCACAGUGACAGGCCUUGUACAGCUGAGGAUGAGCAGGACCUGAUAGGAGCUGUCCAGACAUCCCCAUGGCCCUGCUUUCUGUGGAAGAAAUUUAAGGUGAACUUAAUCCCCUGGUUUAAUACCUGGAGAUGAUCCUGGAAACAUGGAGUCAGAGCUUGAACUGUACUUAUCCUAUAUUAAGUGACAGCCUUGAUCAUAGACACAAGAGGCCAAUGUGGAGAAAAAACCCAUGGUGCAGGCUUCAAAGGGGUUGCUAGCCUUAGAGUGGGCAAUAAUUCACAAUCACAAAUGUAGAUUGAUUAGGAUGUAGAGAGCUUUAGGAACUUCAGUUCUCCCAGUUGAGCAAGGUCCUGAUGAGAAUUCUGGCGUAGAUAUUUAAUUUUACAUUAUUUUGAUGUGCUUUUUUGUUGAGUGUUUACGACAGUAUAGGUGACCACCAGCUUCUUGUUAUUGUUGACAGCUGUAUCUCUUCAGGGGUUACUUUUAGAGGUGUUGGAGAGUUUUCGCAGCCCCUUGUUUUCAGUUUUUCUCCACCUGUUAUCUGCUGAACAAAGGGCAUUUUUCUGUGAAAUGACCUAAAGCUCAAACUCUGGGCUCUCCAUGGCCUCUGAGAAGGUUCAGAGCCUUUUAGUGCCGCUCCUUUGUCCUCUACCCUUGGACAUGGCCAACCAGGAGGUAAAGUGACAAUAUCAGCUGUCAGUCCAGCCCUUGAUCCCAUGACUAUUGGAAACUCAGAAAGUCAGUUACAUCAGACUUGAAAAACAGAUACUGGCUUUUAGUCUGAUAUAUAUAACGUCGUGAGUGACCAGCUCACAGCCCAGGAUAACUAUGAAUGCAGCCAUAUCAAAUUUAGGGACAUCCUUAACAUAUUAUUAGGCAGUUUUCUUUAAAUAAUUUAUUUAAUUUUGUGCACAUCAGCAUGAAGGUGUCAGAUCCCUUGGAAAUGGAGACAGUUGUGAGCUGCCAUGUGGGUGCUGGGAAUUGAACCCAGUUCCUUUUUUGGAAGAGCAGACAGUGCUCUUAACCACUGAGCCAUCUCUCCAGCCCUGAGGCAGUUUUGAAAAUAUUUUAAGUAACUUGAUUGUACUGUUCUCAAGCGUGAAUUAUGGAGAUAACUUGGUGACACAACAUCAAAAGAUUAGAUGCAUUUGAUGAACAAAUGUUGACUAAAACAGAUUUUAAAUCAUCUUGACUCUCAUAAGCCUUCAUUGUUAAGAAGUUAAAGUCCUGACAAACUCAGAAGGAAUUACAAGCAAUUUUGUUCACAAACCAUAAAUGUAGUUAAACAAGGUUUUUUUUUUUAACUAUACAUAAAUUAACUGUCACAAACCUUGUGACAAACAAAAUUUCUGCUUUUUCACAAUCUUUAGCAAUCCUUUAGGAUGGAAUUCAUUUGUCAUAGAAAUCCUUCUUACCCAUAAGCAUAUUCUCUCCAUCAGAAAUACGACUCUCUGUCUAUAUAAGCCAUCACCAUCUCUUUCUUGGCUGCUUCUUUCCUUUGCUAAAUGCCUGACGUAAUUUAGGAUUCUUGUUUUCCUGGAAGAUAUAAAACCCUAAACACAGCAAACCUCAUCAUGUUUCCUCUUUUACAAUAGGUUUAGAUGAUCAAUAUUAUCAAAUCAUUGGUUAAUGUUUUUUUUCACACUUAGCUUCACUAAGUUGGUGAGAUUGUUUGUAUAAUGCUGCUAUUUUCUUUUUUCUUCACAAAUUUAAAGCAAUCCAAUGUGUAGGCCUUGCUUCUGUAUUAGGAAUUAAAGGAUUUGAACUAAA